AUGGCCUACCGAGGACUUGACGCACAUCUCUUCCGGGGAGCCGUGAUACCAACCAACAGCCCACUACCAGUAUUCGCCCUCUCGUAUAUCUCUAGGCUCACUCAUGAGCUUCUAUUGACCAUCUUCAUGACGAUCGCGAACAUGUACGACGACCAGUUCAUCCUACCAAUGGAAGACACCAGGUUUCGUGCCCUAACCAUCGUCAGAAGAGCCGCACAAGUGUGCAGUCGGUGGCGCAAGCUUCUUCUAGAGAAUGGCGGAAUAUGGGGACGGGUCAUCGACGUGAACCUGCUCCUGGACCUCAAGACCGAGCACUGGAGAAACGAGGUGCUGCAGAGGACGCGGACGGCGCCGUUGUUCAUCCGAGGAACUGUCUUCUCUCCAUACAGCGAUAAAAAAAGGCAGGAAUUCGACAGGGAUGUCCGCAAAUUCUUCAUGAAACUCUUCAACUUCACCAAUUGGGAACGCACGGAGGUCCUCGAUCUCGCAGUGGACAAUAUAGCCUGGUUCUCGCGGAAGACAUUAGAAUAUAUCCAGAGGCCACACCGCCAUCUGAAGAUAUUCCGGCUCACUACUCUUGAGGAUCCGCCUGCCUUUAGAACCCCACUUGACCGACCGAAUAUGAUCGCUUUCACGAAGAAGGCACCGCGCCUUGUCCAGCUGGAGUGUACGGAUGUGGCCAUCAACCUUCAGGCCCACUGGUUCUCAAGUCUCUGCAAUUUCGGGCUGUCAUAUAGGAAGGAAACAAACCGCUCUCACCCCUUCACGCUCCACGACAUACUCAGCACGCUCGAACAGAUGCCGCAUCUGGAGCGACUGAACAUCCGCUGGGCUAUCAAACGCCCAACCAAAGACGACAUGGCCAAUGUCCAGCCGAAGCUCCUUCACAACCUCAAGAAACUCGGAAUAGAAGACAACUUCGCGACAUGCAUCGCCUUCCUGGCGAAAGUCAGGGCGCCGAGGGGAUGCCAUUUCGUUCUCACAACCAACGACACUACCUACAGUACCGACCCCCGAUUCAUUGCAGGCGCCCGAGCUGUCAUUGCGUUAUUUGCCCAGAAUUUCUUCUCGGCCAACGCCAUCUCCAGAAUACGUCUUAACCUCAACGACAGUGGAUUGAUUAUAUCAGCCCUAGAUUCACGACCCGCUUCUUUUGAAGGAGGCUACCGCUUCCGCAUCGAGUGCGCCCUCUCCAAUGCGCCCCAAGAAGCAUCGCCUCUCCUAAAAUUCUUCGCCGAAAGUCUCUCUCCGGCUCUGUCUUCAAGCAGCAUUACUCGACUACUGCUUUACAGCAGUGGCAAAGGCAGAGUCGUGUCAAUCGAGGGUCUCGCGCUCUUCUUGGGUUCUCUUGGCUCGCUCGAGGUUCUCGAGACCACAGCAGAGGUUAUCAAUCGGUACUUGUGUCCCUUCUUCUCGAAGCUAGUGGAGGGAGCAAAAAUAAGUGGAAGACAGCCGCCUCCGCUUUGCCCCAAUCUUCGUAUGGUCUCCAUCCUCUCCUUCGAUGUGUAUGGCACUCCGAACAGCGAGGCGCCAGCGCCUAAUUUGGCCAUGCGCUUGUUGUACUUAUUCAAGUUUCGAGAACAAUUGGGCUUCCCCAUUCCGCUGCUCGACCUCACGCUGUGCAGAUCUAGUCUGUGCCCUUUGGAGUGUUUGGAAGAGAUGACAGGUUUAAGUGUCAUCUGGCGCGACCGCGAUGGUGGCCAGAAGGUCUAUGUAUGCAGGAGCGGUGCAGCGAACGAGACAGCGUUUAAUUAG